AUGAAGAAUACUCAAUCAGCCUUGAGUAAGAAUGGCAACCUUCGUCUACACAAAAUUGCCUCAAAUAGUGUACAAGUGCUUGAUGCUUUACCACGUGAAGAUUUGGCAAAGAACCUAUCUGAUUUAGACCUCUCACACGGUGACAUCACUGACGUUCCCCUUCAGCGCAGCUUAGGUCUGUGUUGGAACAUAAAGGCAGACGCGUUCACUUUCCGUGUUUCAGAAGAGGAGAAACCUUUUACAAGACGCGGCGUUCUCUCUACGAUCAACAGCAUUUACGACCCGGUUGGAGUUGUAGCACCUGUGGUCAUUGUUGGAAAGUUGCUCCUUCGAGACUUAAUGGCUUCAAGUCAGGAUUGGGAUGACCCGCUUCCACUAGAUCAGUUUACAGUUUGGCAACAAUGGUGUUGCUCUUUGAAAAAACUGAACCAGUUAGAAAUUCCAAGGGCGUACCUGUAUUCAGUGAAGAGAGUAGCAAGGAAAGACUUACACGUGUAUUGUGAUGCUUCCGAGAAGGCUAUUGCUGCUGUGGCGUACAUUGUUGGAGAAUCGACAGCUGGUACCAUGCACUCUAGUUUUGUUAUGGGAAAGAUAAAGGUAGCUCCUGUAAAUGGACACACUAUACCACGCCUUGAGUUAUGUGCUGCUGUGUUAGCAUCACAAGUCGCAAACACAGUCCUUACACAUAUUGAUAUUGACUUUGAUGAAGUUAAGUAUUUCUCAGAUAGUAAAGUUGUUUUGGGCUACAUAAGCAAUACAACUCGACGAUUUUACACAUAUGUCUCAAAUCGUGUGCAGAAAAUACUAACAAAUUCGCUUGCGGAUCAAUGGAACUAUGUACCUACCCAUCUCAAACCAGCGGAUAUUGGUACAAGGGGUGUUUCUGCAGAAGACUUACCUGCAAGCUUGUGGUUGAAUGGUUCUAGCUGGAAACAACAUCAGGAACGGACUGACUUUCCUUUAGUUGCCCCAGAUGUGGAUUCAGAAAUUCGGGUGAAUGUGCUAGCAACCACGGUAUCAACUGAAAGUGCCCUAGAUUCAAGUCACUUUGAGAAGUUUUCUGAAUGGAAAUCUUUGAAAUCUGCCAUAACAUGUUUGCAGCAUGUAGCAGAAUCAUACCAUACCAAACAAUGUAAAGGCUGGCAUGUAGGAUGUAACACAAACUCCCAAAAGGCUGAAGCUUUUAUACUGAAGACUGUACAGAAAGAAGCAUUUUCAGAAGAAUAUGCCAAUUUGAAAGUAGGUAAACCUGUGAGCAAAAGCAGUUCUAUUGCAAGUUUAAACGCCUUCAUUGAUGAGAAGGAUGUGAUGAGGGUAGGAGGACGAUUAGAGAAAUCAAACUUAACAUUUGCGGAAAAACAUCCAGUCAUCGUUCCACGAAAGUGUCAUAUUGGCACUCUUCUUGUGCGUCAUUACCAUUCAAGUGUCAAACACCAAGGCAGGCACUUCACUGAAGGAGCCCUCAGAUCAAAUGGGUAUUGGAUAGUUAGUGGAAAACGCCUUAUAGCAUCUGUAAUACAUCAGUGCGUCAAGUGCAAAAAGCUUCGUGGACCACACACGCAUCAACUAAUGGCUGACCUACCAAGUGAUCGACUUUCACCGGCACCACCAUUUACAUAUGUCGGAGUCGAUUGUUUUGGCCCAUGGAACGUUGUCACCCGAAAGACGCGAGGAGGUCAAGCAAAUAGUAAACGUUGGGCAGUGUUGUUUACCUGCUUAACGAUCAGAGCCAUACAUAUUGAGGUUAUCGAGGAGAUGUCAGGAUCCGCAUUCAUAAAUGCACUGCGUCGGUUCAUCGCUCGCUUCGGUAAUGUUCAAAUUAUUAGGUCAGACAGAGGAACCAACUUUGUUGGUGCAGCUAGUGAAUUGAAGAUUGAAACUGUCAAUGUUGAAGAUGGAUUGGUAAAGGAUCUUCUGAGAAAGAAGAACAUUCAAUGGGUUUUCAACCCACCACACGCUCCACACAUGGGUGGAGUCUGGGAGAGACUUAUCGGUGUAGUGAAGCGCAUACUCAAUUCUAUACUCAGUGAAGCAUCUUACAAGAAUUUGACUCAUGAUGUUCUCUCAACACUAAUGGCUGAAGUCACAGCUAUUGUGAAUGCCAGACCUAUUGUACCUGUGUCUACUGAUGGCAGUGCUCCAGAGAUUCUGAGUCCUUCUUCCAUCUUGACUCAGAAAUGGGACUUUAAUUUGCAUCAGUUCGAACAUUUGUCAUUCGCCGACUCCUAUCGUGUCGCUUGGAAAAAUGUGCAGUUCCUAGCAAACCAGUUCUGGCAUCAUUGGAGGUUCGAGUACCUGCAGCUACUACAGCCUAGGCGCAAGUGGAACGUUGAACAGAGAAACAUUCGUGAAGGUGAUGUUGUACUCGUUAAAGACUCAGAUGUUGUCAGAAAUCAGUGGCCGUAUGGCAUUGUAGAAAAAGUUUUUGCCAGCGAAGACGGCAAGGUUAGGAAACUGAGUGUUCGAAUGCAACGUGAUGGACAAACAACUACAUUAACAAGACCAAUAACUGAAGUGGUUCUUCUUGUUGGUAAUGAAUAAGUGACAUUUGUUGGCCUGAGUUUUUAAAAUGACUUAACUUUAAGGUGUCAGUGUGUUGACUAUUUUUUAGUAAUUAACUGUUUAAGUGACUUCAGUAGCAUUAAGUCUGAUAUGUGCUUGAUUUAAGUAUAUUUAGAUGCACAUAGAACUUUGUUUGCUCUGUUAUUUUUCAUUAUUAUGCAAUAGAAAGAAGUUCAUGAAUGUAAAUGUGAAUACUAUAAUGUUGCAAGGAGCAAUUAGUACACUUUCUUAAUGAAAAACAUGUUGUGGAUUCUUUUUUAAAAUAAUACCUCUUGAAGGUUUACUAAGAAGAUUUAUUAAGUAGUUCUUAUAGUAAAUAUUAUAAUGUUGAAUGCUUUGGGCUAUGUCUGUGGAAAUUUACUUGUAAAUUGUUUAGAUAGAUCGAGUUUGUAUUUUUUUUAUAUAUCUUAUUUUUGUCUUCUUAAAUAAGGGCAUUAGUAAGGUUUUGUUUACAUUAUGAAAAUUCAGGUUAUUUUGACUUUACUUAAGGUGUCAUGAUAUAUUUUUUGUAUUAAGGCGUCACUUUCCUCUGUUAAGGUGUCACUUCUUAUGUAUAAUUGUUAGAGUGAUAUUUUUCAAUAUCAGACGGGGAGUGUGCUGGAAUGAUUGUUUCGUUAUUUUUCACUUGUCCGUUUCAAUCACCUGCCGCAUGAUGCGUAACUCCUGCCUGUCUUUAGAUUUUAAUGUGAUGGUUGCUCGUAACCUUUUUUGGCAAUAUGGUACUUACUUAUUCACAAAUUUUGGUGUUUUCGACACAAUCUUGCAUAGAUUCUUGAUCUGUAGCCCUCACAGUUUUCUUACCGAAUCACAUCAGAUUGAAUAAAAGGGUUAAACUUAA